AGCGUGUGGACCGGAAAGCUGUGGGAACCAUAAGGUGGGAAUGUUUUUGUCAAGAACAAACAUUCGCUGAAAAGUAGUCACUAGUUCGGUCAUCCAUCAGAGUUCAACCACUCGUAACUAGUCUGACACGUCUGUUUAGGGUUUAGAUCUAGAUGAUAGUGGAACUGAUAAAUCAAUGGAGUGAACUCUGUGUACAGAGAUUGUAACCAAAGUAUAAGACAUAGGACUGGGGGCAGAUCGUGUGGUCAGUCUCGGAUUUACUCCAGGCGACGAUUUCAACUGGACACUACCCGAAAAUGAAGCUUCACGUAGCUCUGGUUACUUUGUUGUUUAUUCUGACCGUUGGUCACUCCAAGGCCAAGGGUAUUCAUAAGAUGAAAGUAGAAGAUGAGAGUAAGUUUUAAUAUUUUCUAUUUUAGUCAAUGGGUAUAAACCACAUCGUGAAAAAUAUUUAUAUACAGCGACAAACGUCUAUUUUAUUGCAUCUUCGUACCAUACAAAAUUUUUACAUGCAAAGUUUUCGAAAAUCUUCAGCUUAUUUCUAAUCUACUAAAGUUACUGAGCAAAACAUGCAUUCAAUUAAGACACUUUAUAAGAAUCCCAAUAGGUGCCAACUUUUGGGAAUUUUAUUUUGCGCACCUACUGAAAAUAGAAUUAAAGGGAUUCAUACAUUCAAAUAAAAAGCAUUAUUAUUUGUGAUUAUAUGUUAACAGGAAUUAUUUAUGAGAGACGAAUGGAAGAGAGCCGGUCAAAAGUUGGCGCCGUGACGUUUGCAUUCGCCAAACAUUUCCAAACCCACAUGGUGUUACAGAAAGCCCCGCAGAGAGCAAAUAUCUACGGAUUCUCUCCAACCAUUGGACAGAAAGUCACACUACAGGUACGUGAAGCCUUUACAGAUGUAUCUUACUUUUAUUUAAUAUAAUAUAAACGACAAAAUGAUAUCAGAGAAUUGGACUGCAGGGAAAAUAUCCCAAGGAUUUAGAUCGAUCACGAUUAAAAGAAAAAAUAAGCAAGCCUGUCCCUGAAGGUUUCUGACUGUUAGUGAGGAUAAUGAUUGACUACUUCUAGAGCGCUUGUGUCCAGGCUAUUUUAGCCUACCCAAAGUGCUCCGAUGUCUUAAAAUCUAUUGAAGAAAAAAUGUCCCUAAGUGUCUCUUAAAUGUUUUUUUUUUUUUACCAUCAUUAAUUUACUUUAAAUACUGAGGCAAACUUUUCCAUGAUUUAGGCGCUAUAUCUUCAAAAAGAGCGCAAUCCGAAUGACUUCUUUUUGUGUCCAUCCACACUGGGAACUCUCAGUAGGGACUGUGAUGAAGAGCGCAGGCGUUUUUAAUGAUACGCGUUUGGAAAUAAGUUCUUUGAGAUAUUCAGGUGCAGAAACUUCCACACAGUUGUACGGCAGGGACAGAAUGUUGCGGUGUAUGCUCUCACUUAUAGAAAGCCAGUGGAGAUGUGAGAUGUGGAUGGGAGCCUAUAAACGCUUAACACCCACUGGCCUUUCGUGUUUGUGACAGAGUCCUAGAACCACAUUUCCUUUUAGUUUUGUUUUUGUAUAGUUGUUUUUUCAAGUUAUUCAGCUUCCAUUUCCUCCAUAUUUGUAAUGAUAUCAUUGACAUCAAAUAUGUAAAGAACGAUUGAGUCUAUUUUUCCUAUCGGGACUUGUGUUGGAAUCAUGAGAUAAGAAGCAUGCCAAGUGCUGUCGUGUUAAUGGUAUUGAUCAGAGGCGUAGCAAGGGGGUGCAGGGGGGGACAGAUGUCCCCGGGCGCCAGGUAGUUAGGGGCUCCAAAAUGUGCUUUGAUAUUAUUUUAUUGAUGAAAAUAAUGGGUUUGAGAGUUGAAAAAAGAAAAAGGGGGCGCUUUAAAAUGGAUCUUGUCCCCGAGCGCGAAUCUUGUCCCCGGGCGCCAAACACCCUCGCUACGCCGCUGGUAUUGAUUAGUAACUAAUAAGAGUAAAUAAAAAAGAACAGGUAAAAACCGGUAUGAAGUGUGCAGAAACGCAAUCUCCAGGUUUACUUUCCGUGUCAUGAAGACACCAUCUAGUUAUUUAUUUGAAACAACCAUAGCUCAAUAGUGGUGUUAUGUUUUCAUGUUUUUUUUAAUUAUUAUUUUUUUUUAAAAAUUCAUCAAUUAAAUAAUGGUAGUGUUUUUAAUGCAGCUAAACACAGUACCAGCUACUCACAGCUACAACUACGAGACAACAGUUCACCAAGGUCCAGCUGCUGGUGUUGGGGUAUGGAAUUUUGUCCUUGACCCCUUUGCCCCAAGCACAGUGGUCACCAUCAAGGUCACGGCUGGAGCGGCCUCUCACACAAUAUCUGACGUCAUUUUUGGAGACGUCUGGAUUUGUUCUGGACAAUCAAAUAUGGAGAUGACCGUUAUUCAGGUAAUGUCAACGCUUCUUUUGUUCUAGAUAAUUAUGUCAGUGUUUGGAUCCAAGUCGCUUAUCUGGAUUCUUUAGAUCAGGAAGUCUGAAGUCUUUGAUAGGAGCUGUCAAACUUUCACGUCUGGAUCAAUUGGAAAUCUCUUAAAUGAUGAAGAUCCUUGUUUAACUUAAAUGCGGAUAAUAAAUUUUGAGAGUGGUCAAAACAGAAAUGACGUUAAAAAGACUGAUCUCAUUGCCUAAUAAUUGAAAAUAAAUGGGUCGUCAAACUACUCCACUACAGUGUCAAAGAACAUCAAAGCAACCUAGUUAUAGUUUAUCAGAAAGCGAACUACGCUGUGAUGUGCAGACCGUUUGGAGUCAUUUUAUUCUCAACACAGAGAAAUAAUAUUAUUUUAUAAGUAUACUGGAGUUAAAGGGCCUUCUUUAAUUACUUAUUAAUAAGGAUUAAUAAGUGGUUUUUAAAUCUAAUUUUAGCGAUUACGAUUUUCAUCUUAAAUUUCAAAGGCAAUAGCAGCUAAGCUUAAAAGAUACGUUCAUUCUUAUAGUUCAUAGUAGUUACUAUGUAUGAACGGUUCAAGUGGAAAGCAGGGAUCUGGUAUGACAAUUAAAAUGAGAACCGAUUUUGCUAGGGAUUAUUUUUUGUUUCGUUUUCUAAAAACAUUUUAAAGUUAAUACACUCAAUUGGAUUUUUAAAUAUAUAAUUGUUUUGGCGUGGGAGGGAGUGUGUUUCUGUAUUAAUUUCACUCUAAUCUAUACUCUAACAUUUCACUCUAAUCUAUACUCUAACAUUUCACUCUAAUCUAUACUCUAACAUUUCACUCUAAUCUAUACUCUAACAUUUCACUCUAAUCUAUACUCUAACAUUUCACUCUAAUCUAUACUCUAACAUUUCACUCUAAUCUAUACUCUAACAUUUCACUCUAAUCUAUACUCUAACAUUUCACUCUAAUCUAUACUCUAACAUUUCACUCUAAUCUAUACUCUAACAUUUCACUCUAAUCUAUACUCUAACAUUGUUUAUCGUAAUACAAUCUUCAGAUAGAUGGCGGAGCUCAAGAAAUAGCAAAUGCUCACAACUACCCCAACAUCCGUCUGUUCACCGUCAACAGAGCUGAGUCCACUGCCCCCCAAUAUGACCUGAUUAGAGUUGCAGAAGCUUGGAGUAAAGCUGAUAACAGUAAGUCUAAAUGUUAAGCAAAAUAUUUUUUUUGAAGAUGUAUCGUCUAUGAUAUUAAUUAUUACGUGAGAAUUCUUAAUUAAUAUUUAUAUCUCUAUAUAUUUUUCAGUACAUUUAAUUCAUUUCAAACAUAUGUCUUUAUCUCUUUUUUUUCUUCAAGUUUUCUAUUAUUUUUUCUUUCUUGUUAUCUUUAAAUCUUUUAUUUCUUUUAGUCUCACUCUUUCUCAUUCUUUCUCUCUCUUUCUCUCUCCUUUUCUCUCCCUCUCUUUCUCGGGCUCUCUCUCCCCACUCUCUCUUUCUCUCUCUUUCUCUCUCUCUCUCUCUUUCCGUUCUCUUAUUUGUUAAAUUUCCUUCCAUUUAAAAAAAUUGAAUACAAACGUUUAAUUUUAUCAUGGCUAUUUGUUAUAUAAACAAAAAAAAAAUGGGUUACAAGAAAUGUUCAUGGUGCUCUUAAAAAAAUCUAAUUUGUAAGAUUCUGUGGGACACGGUGCCUGGAGCUACUUCUCUGCCGUCUGCUGGCUGUUUGGUAAGGACAUUCACAUUGCCAGGAAAUAUCCCAUCGGGCUGGUAGCCACCGAUUGGGGAGGCACCCCGGUCAGGGCCUGGUCAUCACCUCAAGCCCUUGCCAAGUGUGGGGUGCACGAUGAGCACGCGUUAAUUCAACCUUAUUCAUUCGACAAGUGAGUUGGCUCAACCAUAUUCAUAAGACAACUGAGUUGGUUCAAUCAUAUCCAUACGACAACUGAGUUGGUUCAAUCAUUUUCAUACGACAAGUGAGCUGGUUCAAUCUUAUUCAUGCGACAAUUAAAUUGAUAAAACCAAUGGUAUACAAAACAUAAGUUAAUCCCGCCAUAAUAAUAUUCAUAUGAAAGGUAAAUUAAUCAAACCAAAUUCUAAUGACAAGUGAGUAAUUCAACCAUAGCCAUGACACUUAAGUCUAAAACUUAAUUUUGUUCAUUGAAAGCAUUACGCUUCCUUCCCCAUAAAUGUCUAUUAAACAGUAAUGUGCAAAAUUUAUUUAAGGUAUACUUUUUGUGAAAAGAUUACCCAAGUUCCGGGUUUUAACUUGCCAUUGAAAUGUCUUUUAAACUGUAAUGUGCAAAAGUUUAUUAAUAAAUACUUUUUGUGAAAAGAUUACCCAAGUUCCGGGUUUCAUCUUGCCAUUGCCAUGGUUCUCAAAUGUAUUUUGAUUCGUAUCGUUCAGACAUGAAUGUGUUAAAAUUUGGUGCCAGGUUUUUCAAACAGUCAUUGGAUUCUUCUACGGAAAUCAUUUUUUUUAUACGUGUUAAGUUUGAGGACCUUUCAAAUGAUCUAAGAUUUCUAGUUUUGUGUCUUAGUACAUGACUGGCCAAAUGCUUUUCGUUGAACAGUUAUGUCGACCAACUUCCCGAAAAAGAAAAACACAGACUUCAGGGUCCAGGGAACAGCUCUGUUUUAUGGAAUGCUAUGAUUCAUCCAUUACUGGGCAUGACUAUAUAUGGGGCCAUAUGGUACCAAGGUAGGUCAAACGUUUUUUGAAAAUGGCUUUCAGGGUAGGCUUGGGGAAUUUUAUAAAAUUCGAAUUUUUUUAAAAGGUUGUGAUUUUUUAAAGAAAAUAUAUAACUGGACAAGCUAAGAUGUUAUGAAUUAUUGUUUCUCCUAAAGGCGAAAGUGAUUCGGGCGUAACCACGAGAGUAAAAUACAACUGCACAUUCCCAGCCAUGAUUCAGGACUGGAGGGCUAACUUCAACAAAGCUUCCAAUGGACAGACCAGUGCUUCAUUCCCAUUCGGCUUUGUUCAGGUUGGUCCUUUAUCUACCAAAUGGUGACAUGACAUUAUCAUUUUAACAAUGUACUUUUUUUUAAAAACACAACCAUUAAUCGAUCUUAAUCGAUCUUGCAUUCUCAAGAAAAAACCCCACUAAAACAUUGGAUCAUUCAAUGUGAUCAAAGAUGAAUAGAAUUGAUCUUUUUUUAAAUUUGUAUACAGUUGGCACCCAACUCUCCAAGUCCAGGUUCUACAUCUGGGUUCACAGACAUCAGGUGGCACCAAACAGCUGACAGGGGUUAUGUCCCCAACCCUGACUUGCAAAACGUCUUUAUGGCUGUGGCCAUCGACUUGCCAGAUUUCAACUCAACAUAUGGAACGUAAGUUGGGAAGAGAUUAUAAACUCAACGACAUAAAAAAAGCUAACAUUUUUUUUAAAAAGAUUACUUGCUAAAUAGAAUUUAAAUAGAUUACAGCAUAUCUAUAGAUCCCGUUCGUUGAACAAAGUUAUUGAUUUUAAAAAACACGCUAAUGUUAUCAUUAGAUUUAUGAUGGUAACAAAUGUGUGAAAUUUGUUGUCAAUGGACUUAAUAUAUGUGUGCAGAGUUCAUCCCCGAUAUAAGAAGGACAUUGGGACAAGGCUAAGCAUCAGUGCCUUGGCUGUAGCCUAUCAUCAAAGUGGAAUAUUCCAAGGACCCCUACCGACCGGCUCUCAUAAAACUGCAGCAGGAUUGGUGGUAGAUUACGGCAACACCUGGAGGUUGGAUGUUCGCAUACCAGAUGGAUUUGAGGUAACCUAAAGUUAUUUGUGGGUUUAAAUUCAAAUGAAUCUUUUUCUGUUCAACGUUUGUAAGCGACCUAUUUAAAUGUAGUCAUCUUGGGACUGUAUUGUUAUUAUUUGAAAGAUAACCAGAUGGUGUUUGAGGACAUAUUUAUUUAACAUUUUUUAAUACUUAGGGCUACUUUUAUAACAAUUAUUAAUAUCGAGACCUAAAUUCCUUUAAAGUCUAAUAUUGAAAUCUUUUGUUGAUCAUUUUUUUUUUAAAAUCUGAUUAAUCCAUUCUUUUUACAUUCUACACACCAGCUUCAGUGUGCCUCACCAUCCCGAUGGGUUCAUACACCGAUAAUCGCACACACCACAACAACCGUGACGCUGAAAUAUGACGUAUGUCACACAGGUGAAAAAGUGACCGGACUUCGCUAUGCCUGGAGCGAGUCGCCGUGCGCCCUACACAAAUGUGCCAUUUACGAAACGUCCAAAAGUCUGCCCGGUCCACCGUUUGUGUCUUAUGCAGAUUUUGAUGCAUUCGGAAAUCCUUAUUUUACAUUUGAUCGACCCCAAUAUGUGUAAUAGAAGAUACCACUUAGGCCUUAAAAUUACUUAUUUGUUUUUGAGAUAACAAUUUGCUUUUUAAAAUAUAUUUUUUUUUUGCGUACUUAACUACGUCUCGUUUUUAUUUUAAAUAACGAAACAUAAAACCUCAUUUGAAUGGUCAUAUUUUAUAGCCAGUUUCGAACAAAUGUUAAAUAAAAAAUUUAAUGAAAAUGUAAAAGUUUUUUUUAUUUCUUUUAAAACGACCGAUACUGAAUUUCAAAAAAAUGUAAAUACUAUUACAAAUUAUUUUUUUUAAAAAAUUAAUUAACUUUACCUUUCUUUCAUUU